AUGGUUGCAGGAGGUGCUAUCCCGGAGAUGUCCGAGAUCUCCUACGGCCCUUCAGGCUACAAGGGCUUGGUGAAGGAACCAUACAUUUUUGCUCUUGCCUGUCUGGCUAGCAUAGGAGGUUUACUUUUCGGUUACGAUCAGGGUGUCAUUAGUGGUGUCUUGGUUAUGCAUGACUUCGGCAAAAAGUUUCCAACACUUGCCAAUGAUCCUACUCUUCAAGGAUGGAUGGUUUCUGUCUUGACUCUGGGUGCUAUGUUUGGCGCUUUUGCCAAUGGGCCUAUUACGGACGCCAUCUCACGUCGCUGGUCCCUCCUCGUUGCAAACAUUGUUUUCUUGCUUGGAUCUGCUCUUCAAGCUGGUGCUGUCAAUGUACCCAUGAUAUUCGUAGGUCGCUUCAUUGCUGGUCUGUCGAUCGGGCAGCUUUCCAUGGUCGUUCCACUCUACCUCAGUGAGCUAUCGCCUCCAAAUAUUCGUGGCAGUCUCAUCGCUCUUCAGCAGCUAGGUAUAACGGUUGGAAUCAUGGUUGCCUUCUGGUUGGACUAUGGAACACAGUUCAUUGGGGGUCGCGGAGAAGGACAGUCACCAGCUGCAUGGCGUUUCCCGCUCGCUUUCCAAGUUGUUCCGUCUCUCAUUUUGGCCGUUGGAACCUUCUUCCUUCCAUAUAGCCCACGUUGGCUGAUGGAGAAAGGCCGUGAGGAAGAGGCAUUUGCUAGUCUUCUCCGCCUACGUCGUGUAUCUGCUGAUGAUCAAAGAGUCAAGCUGGAGCUUGCUGAGAUCAAGGCCGCGACCAUUUUCGACCGCGAGAGCACGGCUGAACGAUUUCAUGGCGUUAACUCCUCGUUCAGCAUUGCUAUUCGCCAGUAUGUGGAGCUAUUCACGGCCAAACACCUGCGCCAGCGCAUGAUCAUCGCUUGCCUGUUGCAAAUCAUCCAGCAAUUCACGGGGAUCAACGCCAUUAUAUACUAUGCGCCUCAGAUCUUCAAGGCGAUCGGUCUCAGUGGCAAUUCAGUCGACCUUCUCGCUACAGGCGUAGUCGGCAUCAUCAACUUCUUUUCCACAAUUCCCGCGCUCAUGUUUCUUGACAGAUGGGGCCGGCGCAAGGUUCUCAUGAUCGGUGCUACUGGCAUGGCCAUUGCGCAGCUCAUUGUCGGAACCCUCUUUGCCGUCUACAAGGACAGCUGGAGUUCACACAGAGCUGCCGGCUGGGCUGCAGCUGUUUUCAUUUGGAUAUAUAUUAGCAACUUUGCAUUCUCGAUUGGAUGCGUCAACUGGAUCAUGCCGUCCGAGAUUUUCCCUCCUGGAGUGCGUGGCAAGGCCGUCGGUGCUGCCAUCUCGACCAACUGGUUGACGAACUUUAUCGUUGCACUCAUCACGCCUCGCAUGCUUAAGUCUAUUACUUUCGGAACUUUUUAUUUCUUCCUCGUAUUCUGCAUCAUCCUAUUCGUCUGGGUUUUCUUUUUCGUUCCCGAAACCAAGGGCGUGCCUAUUGAAGAAAUGGACAGAAUUUUCGGAGGAAACGAAGCCGAAAAGGAUGCUCAACGUAUGGCAGCCAUUCGUGCGAGGCUCGGGAUGGGUAACCAACCAGAGUCUUCUGUCGAAGAAGUCCUGGCCACCAAGGAGGUUUCUUCCAUGAAAAUUGAGUCCGCUUGA